CAACACACGGAGAACAGAAGCAUGGAACUUUCCAAUUUAUAACUUUCCUCCUUUCUUUUAUUUUCUCUCAUUUUCCCGGAAAGUUCCAUUAAAAUAAACCUCAAAUCUUUCUCUUAUCUCUCUCUAUUCUUUGACUCUUUCAUUCCUCUCUCUCUCUCUCUCUCUCUUUAAUCUCUUCACCAGGGGUUAGGUAUUUGAACUUAAAACCAGCGACCUUUCUUUGACCAACUCGACUCGCCCAAACAAACAACCUUUAAUUCUGCCAUCAAAACCCUCCCCCAAUCUAUUAAUUAUCUCAUUCAUUUCGAUCCAACUUUUUUUAUUCUUGUUGUCAAUAUGAAUGAUUUAUUUUCAGGCUCCUUCUCUAGGUUUCGGAACGAGGAUGCAUCGCCGGAUCACCACGUGAUUGAGAUGUCGUCUUCAUCGGCCACGGCAGGGGCUACCAAUGGAGUCAAUCUCGAUAAGUUUUUUGAAGAUGUUGAAUCGAUCAAGGAAGAGCUUAAAGAACUCGAGAGACUUCAUGAGAAUCUUAACUCUUCUCAUCAACAGAGCAAGACUCUGCACAACGCUAAAGCCAUUAAAGACCUUCGAUCUCGAAUGGAUUCCGAUGUUUCCCUCGCUCUUAAGAAGGCUAAGCUUAUCAAGGUUCGUCUUGAAGCCCUAGACCGAGCCAACGCCGCCAAUCGGAGCUUGCCUGGUUGCGGACCUGGUUCUUCCUCGGACCGGACUAGAACCUCUGUGGUCAACGGACUCCGUAAGAAGCUCAAAGACUCCAUGGAGAGUUUCAACACUUUACGCCAACAGAUCUCGUCCGAGUACAGAGACACCGUUCAACGCCGUUAUUUCACUGUCACGGGAGAAAAUCCCGACGACAAAACCAUUGACCUCCUCAUCUCAACAGGGGAAAGCGAGACGUUUCUGCAAAAAGCGAUUCAGGAACAAGGACGAGGGAGGGUUCUGGACACUAUAAAGGAGAUCCAGGAACGUCACGAUGCAGUGAAGGACAUGGAGAAGAAUCUGAAAGAGCUCCACCAAGUGUUUCUGGACAUGGCGGUUCUGGUCCAAGCUCAGGGAGAGCAACUGGACGAUAUAGAGAGCCACGUGGCGAGAGCCAAUUCGUUCGUGAGGUCGGGAGCACAGCAGUUGCAGACGGCGAGAAAACACCAGAAGAAUACCCGGAAAUGGACCUGUUACGCCAUCAUUCUAUUGCUGGUCAUCAUCUUGAUCGUGAUUCUCAGUUUGAAGCCAUGGAAUUGGGGCGGUAAUGGCGGCGGCGGUCAACCGAAUCCGCCCGCUACACCGAGUCCGCCCGCUACACCUUCACCCCCCUCAGUCUGAUUAGUCAACCAUGCGAGUCUACGUUCCUUUCAUACUCCGCGUUGCAUCUUAGUAUAUUCCUCCUGCCUUAGACUUAGUCGUACGUCUGUUAUUAUUGUUAUUAUUCUUUUUAAUUAUUAUUAUUAUUAUUACGUCACAUGGUCCCUUUUCCUUUUCUCAUGUCUUUUUUGUAAGUAGCUCGAAUUUUGGGUUUUUUUUUUUGUGUAUCAUUGUUACUUAUCCUUUAUAUAUAAAUAUCUAUAUGCAUUCUUCGGAUAAA